GGCCCAGCUCUUUCUUAGGGAGCCGCCCCGCCCCUUGGCCUGCGGUGGGAGGUUCUGAGGCCCCUGAUUGGUGAGAGGGCUCCCGGGCCUGCAGGCUGCCCUGCAUUCAGUUUGCAGCACUGCUUUGGAAACCCUGAGCGAUCGUCCUCCACUCGGGCACUGGAGAGGAAACUCCUGAAAGCCACGGCAGCGCCUGUGCAUGUAUUCGGCUGACAUGGAACUGGUUUGCGGAUUUUCUGGCUUUUAGAAAGUGCCCCCGAAUGUAAACGUUAGGAUCGUCUUCAGCUUUGUGUGCGUGACUGAAAGUUUCUUUGGGGGCUCAGCAAAGAGGUGGUGCCUUCUACCAAAGAGCUAAAUGGACACAAUGGAUGUGAGCACAAGGCACCAGGAGGUGCCACUGAUAAACGACUGGUGCUUUGGGCAGCAGCUGAAGGCUGGGGUGUGGAUGUGAAUUAUGAUGUCCCCUCUCCACGUGCUUCUAGCCUUGAGAAUAUGACAGCGGUGCAAAAUGGCUUUGGAAAUAGCCCUACUACCACCUAUGUAGUUAUGGAACCAACUGAGUCCAGAACAAUCAUUAAUUCUGCUUGUCAGAAUGGGGUGUGCAAGAGUAGUAACAACAAUGAUUCAGAAACCCAGGAAGACAAACUCAGCCCUUCCAAAUUCAUGCGUCUUUUUUCUGCUACUAGAAAGAGAAGUAGCUGCAAUGCAGAAAGGCCCCGCUCGAUGAUUCUCAUGAGCAAUUCCUCAACCUGGAAUGCUCUAUCUUCCUUUAGGAAAAUGGGAUCAUUUAAAAAACUGAAGUCUUCAGUUCUGCAAGGAAUUCAGGGUCGGGAGGACCCAGAUGCCUUAAGUGAGGAUGCUUCCGAAAAUGACUUGGGAAAACACAUUCCCAAUGGUGCUGUGACAGGAGUCCAAACAAACAGGUAUUCUUAUGCAGGGCAAUUGAAUGAUUUCCACAAGGACUUGGAUGGGGGAGUAUCAGAUUGCUCUGACCCAGAAGAAAAUGAUGAUACCUUCCUAAGGAAUACUCACAGGUCAAGGAGUAUCAGGAGAGCAUAUGGUGUUGGACGAAUAAACUUAUUGGACUCUGAUAAGCAUCCUGGCCCCCAGCACUCUGCGAGGCCUCUGUCACCUAUCAUGCAGGAGCCCCAAAUCUGUGAAAUUCUGGUGAAAAACUCUGAAAACAACCGUAUUAUCUACAGGAGAAGCAAGAGUACUGACAACUUGAACUUUUUAAGGAAAAGUUCUUUCAAGAGGAAGUCCACCUCCAACCUCACUGACCUCAAAGUGACAAAUGAGAAACAAGAAAUUCAAAGGACAUUAAGUUCUCCUGCUGACUCCAAUAAAACCGGUGGGUUGGAGAGGAGGUCAAAACGCUGGAAGAGUCCAAUAAGAGCCAAGGAUUUUGAUAGAGUUUUGAAACUCGUAAGUAAUGUUGCUGAUGCUGCUUGGAAGAGAGAGACUCCUAAGAAUGGGACACUGUCUCCGAGUGAACCAAACCAAAGAAUACAGCUCAACAGCCAACUCCAUGACGAUUACUCCCGCCGUGUUUCUACCAAUACGGAACAUGACCGAAAGAGAUGUACAUCCCCAGUAUGCAAUGUAGAGUCUUCCUUUACAGUAAUUCCUAGCCUCAGUUCAACUGUUUCUCAGGGCACUGAUACAAAUAUUGAAACAAAGCUGUUUCCUCUCAAAGCCAAACCCCCCCAGACAUCAGGAUGUGUCCCUCAGUCUGCUGAAAGUUCCUUGUUGAGCCCCACUGCCCUGAAAGCAUUUGUCAAAGACUCUGAUAAACCAAAAAAUGCUAGCCAGUUUACAUGUGAAUCGGUGCCCCCCAGCACGCCUCCUUGGCCCACUGCCCCCAAACCUCAAAGUCCUGUUUCAGAAAAUGCCAAGUACAAUAUUAAUUUCCGUUGUCCAAACACCCAUAGCACAUUGUCACUGAGCUCGAUGGAAAGUGAAGAAAGAGCAGAGGUGGCUGCCCUGAAGGGGAAAAGUCCAGUGUCCUUCCAGGAGUCAGUGAAAACCGUGUAUUAUGAUGAUGGUAAUGAAGACAGUGGCAUCAGCAGCCAUUCUCAGCUGAGCCUCAAUUUAGCCACUGGUCCGGAGGAGAGAAAGGAGGAGGUUGUUACUGAUGAACAGUGGAGGAAGGCUUCAUCUCAGGAUGAAGAAAAGGCAGAGCCACAAAAAGUCACAAGAAGGAGAUGGGGUUCUGGAAAAAGAUCUCGACCUAGGCCCCUCUCUGAUUACAGUCAGUUGACAAGCAGAAGUUUCUCCAUUCCUGAGGAUUCGGUUGCCAUGGAAACCCAGAAACUGGACUGCCUGGAUGGAGGAAAUCAGCAGAGUGUGGCCUCCCCUGAGACUUCUGACCAAAAUGCUUCUUUGGGCUACCCAAGAGGAUGCCGAAAAAGAAGACCCAUCUCUGUGAUAGGCGGGGUUAGCUUCUAUGGGAACAACCAGACGGAAGAAAUAGAAAAUCUCCUGACCCAACCAGUAACAAGGCCCCCAGUUCCUGCUCAUCAAGUGCCACCAUAUAAAGCUGUUUCUGCCCGGUUCCGACCUUUCACAUUUUCCCAAAGCACGCCCAUUGGGCUGGACCGAGUUGGACGCAGACGACAGAUGAGAACAUCUAAUAUUUCAACAGAUGGAGCCACAGAGUCAUCUGCCUUAGUUGAUGAUAAUGGCAGUGAGGAAGAUUACAGUUAUGAAGAGCUCUGUCAAGCCAGCCCCAGAUACUUACAGCCCGGGGGAGAACAGCUAGCCAUCAACGAGCUGAUCAGCGAUGGCAAUGUGGUCUGUGCAGAAGCUCUGUGGGAUCAUGUGACCAUGGACGAUCAGGAACUGGGCUUCAAAGCCGGAGAUGUCAUCCAAGUACUGGAGGCCUCAAAUAAGGACUGGUGGUGGGGCAGAAAUGAGGAUAAGGAAGCCUGGUUUCCUGCUAGUUUUGUCAGGUUAAGAGUCAAUCAGGAAGAACUCUCAGAGAAUUCCAGCAGUACUCAGGGUGAAGAGCAAGAUUCAGACACUGGGAAGCACCGCCAGAAACAUUCAGAAAACAAAGACCAGAUGAGGACCAAUGUUAUACAGGAGAUCAUGAACACCGAGCGCGUCUAUAUCAAGCAUCUCAAAGACAUCUGUGAGGGCUAUAUUCGUCAGUGUCGAAAACAUACAGGAAUGUUCACUGUUGCCCAACUGGGUACUAUUUUUGGAAACAUUGAAGAGAUUUACAAAUUCCAAAGGAAGUUCUUGAAAGAUCUUGAGAAGCAAUACAAUAAAGAGGAACCUCAUCUGAGUGAAAUAGGAUCUUGCUUUCUUCAACAUCAAGAAGGCUUUGCCAUCUAUUCUGAAUACUGUAACAACCAUCCUGGGGCCUGCCUGGAGCUCUCUAACCUGAUGAAGCAGGGCAAGUACAGGCAUUUCUUUGAAGCUUGUCGCCUGCUUCAGCAGAUGAUUGACAUAGCCAUUGAUGGGUUUCUCCUUACUCCUGUUCAGAAGAUUUGCAAAUACCCUCUGCAGCUAGCUGAGCUACUAAAGUACACCACUCAAGAACACAGCGAUUACAACAAUAUAAAGGCAGCGUAUGAGACCAUGAAGAAUGUAGCCUGCUUAAUCAAUGAGCGUAAACGGAAGUUGGAGAGUAUAGACAAGAUAGCACGCUGGCAAGUGUCCAUUGUGGGCUGGGAGGGGCUCAAUAUUUUAGACCGGAGUUCAGAACUGAUCCAUUCAGGAGAACUGACCAAAAUCACAAAACAAGGAAAGAGCCAGCAGAGGACUUUCUUCCUCUUUGACCACCAGCUUGUUUUCUGCAAGAAGGACCUACUAAGGCGAGACAUGUUAUACUACAAAGGCCGAAUUGACAUGGAUGAGAUGGAGUUGAUGGACAUAGAGGAUGGGAGGGACAAGGACUAUAAUAUCAAUGUAAAGAAUGCCUUCAAAAUCAUCAAUAAAUCAACAGAUGAGGUGUACUUAUUUUGUGCCAAAAAGCAAGAGGAUAAAGGCAGGUGGCUACAAGCCUGUGCUGAUGAAAGGAGGCGAGUACAAGAAGACAAAGAAAUGGGAAUGGAAAUAUCAGAAUCUCAAAAGAAACUUGCUAUGUUAAAUGCUCAAAAACCAGGCCAUGGAAAGUCAAAAGGUUAUAAUGGGUGUUCCCUACCUCCCCCCCAUCAAAGUUUGCAUCCUAUUCAUCAACGCCACAUCACAGUGCCUACCAGCAUUCCUCAACAACAAGUUUUUGCCCUGGCAGAACCUAAGAGAAAGCCAUCUCUUUUUUGGCACACCUUCAAUAAACUCACCCCUUUCAAGAAAUGAAAAAAAAAAUUAUCUCCCUGCUGGCGGGGGCUCUGUGUGGAGAAGAGACAUGUUCUUUUAUUGCCUCUAUUUGAAACCUCAAGGAAAGUAUCUUGGACCCAGAACUGGAGUUCGUCUUUGUUGGGGAAUCAGUGAAGGAGAGAGGAAGACUCCGCUCCCCUUAUUCCAGGAUCCUAGCUGCCUUCUUGAAGGGGAGAAGGUUAUGAAGCACAGUCAUUAGACUGCCUAGUACAAUGCCUCCAGUGCCCAGCACAGUGCUUUAACAUCCUAUGUCUUUACUAAUGGCUUGUUGAAUUGAAACCCUCCAUAUUCUUUCUGAUCUGAAUUGGCCAGAGAUGUGGAGAUCAGUGGCAUGCUCUAAAGCAAAUGUUGUUUCUACUGAAAAGGCAUUGCUAAUGAUGAGCAUGUUGGUGACCUGGGAACUUGUUGCCAUGUCAAAGAUGAAGGUCCAAGGGCUUGUUUUUUCAUCUUGUCCCAAGGUAUGACUAGCUUUAAAGAACCACUGUUACAUUCCCAAUACCAUUUUUGGUUUUGGGGGAAAUCAUCAGUAUAAUUGAAACAUUUCUUCUUCUUGUCAUGUGUUCAAUGGGAUCUGAGGGAUCCACCUGCUGUCCAUCAAGGCAUCUUUUAAAAUCAUCUCACUCAUUCACAGCUGCAGAAGAUGUUCAAGGCCCUUCCUGUUUAUUUCUGUACUUUUAAAAUUUUCCAAAUACUAGUGGGAAAUGGUGGGCAGCCUCAUUCUUUUGCAGGCUAAGAGAAGAAAGAAAAGGCUACUAAUGAAUUGAACAGCAAUGAUAACUUGAACAUGGGGACACAAGUGUUCAGAAGUGUUCAGCUGCUUUCAAGGAUGGAAGUAAAAAGACCAAGGUCCAAUUUGGUUCAUUUUCCCUCAAAUUAGCCACUCUCCUGCAUAUAAAUUCCAUAAUUUAGAAUGCAGACAUCAAUUCUUACUCAUAAUGCAACCUCUGAGAUUCCUCUGCCAGUCACAUAUGCUUGUUUUCAUUAUCAAAAUAUAAGUAUUUCCAUUUUUAUGAUGAUAAUGUGAAUAUGUAAAAUAUGCAAAGUUUUAGGAACUCUAAAAGAGUAUUUAUGUACUUUUUUCUGUGGUUUCUUUUUCCUUCCAUGCAUUCCCACAAAACAAAUUCCAAAAUACACCCAUUCAGCUAGAAAGGUAUGAAAUGACCUAGGAAAGCAUUCCCUUGGACUUUUGAAACAGGUUUUGAUCUUGUGACUCAACAUUCCUUCAUGAGAGAGACAACAAAUUUCUGAAUAUUAAUCCUUACAGAAGACCUUGACAAAAUAUAAAACAUGGAGAAUGGUCAGUUUUGUACAUUUUUUUCCUUUCCCUUUUUUUCCAACUAAUGACACAGUGUUAGAUCUGUGGAUAAACCAUAUAAAUUUUAAUGUAACAAUGAUUUUUAAAAAUCUCUUAUGACAUAUUCUUCAAGAAUUUCAAGAUGCUUGUCACUUUUAUUUUCUUAAUACCCCGAAGGAGAGAACUUUAUAUUAUAAAGCAAAUGCCUUUGUUUUCUGAAAGUAUAUUAAUGUUAACAUGUGUUUGUCAGAUUGAUAACAAUUUCUAACGAGCAUACUCUGAGAAUAAAAGCAGAUUGAUUUGUCCAAAAUCUAUUAGGACAAACAAUGGAUCUAGGUCUUCCAGACUGUAACUCUCAAAGCCUCUUCCUCUCGAAGUCUGGGAUUUCCUGAAGACCAACUUCUGGGAAAGAGCAACCACAAGAAGAUUGGGUACAGAGCCUUCCUGAUGAGUCUUUAUGACACUUAUACAAAAGUCUAAUGAAACAUUAUUUGUUCACUAUCCUUUUGUGAUACUUUUAGUGACAUAUAUAGGAGGUCUCAUUCACAAUUUAGAAUUGUAGCUAAUGACUGUCACCUGAGAUAGAAGCUAGUGCUAAGAAAAGUUUUCAGUAUGUUAAAAAAAAUAAAGGCACUUCAGUUUUAAUUGUGUUUGUAUAAUUGGCCUUCUUACUAACAGACCUUUUUUAAAAAAGAAUGAUGAAUUUUGAAAACUUACUAUGCCUUUGAUGUACCCAUUAGCAAUAAUUAUUAGUGAUAUGUCUAUGUUAAGUGGAGUGUAUAUUAAUCAGCAAUUUUUAACAGCUUUUCCAUGGUAUAUGACAGAAUUGCCUUAGGGUAGUAAAUGGAAUUACUUGAUGGUGUUACAUUUGUAAAUGAAAACUCAAUUUUAAAAAAUUUAAAGAGCUUCCAUUUUUAUUAUCAAAAAUUUACUGAAGCAAUAUGUUUUUUCUGCGAAGCUUUAAACACUUCCUUAAGAAUUACCCUGCUGAAUCCAAAACACUGACUUUCAGCUGCUCUGCCUCCACAGUCUUCCAAAUAGAAAAGAAUGAAUUUGGGGGAAAAGGCUGAUUGAGUUUAGUUUCAAUUCAAAUACAUAUCUGCUGCCAACAGGUGAAGUCAUUGUGCCAACUUCAAUUCAUCCCAAUGAAUCUGAACAGGGUGUGAAUCACUUCUCUGCAUGUUUUCCCUGGGUGAAUCCUUUUGAGAUGUUUAAAUAAUCCUGAAGAUUGGUGUCUCAAAGAAGAAUAAGAUGGUGGUUGACCCAUGUAAACCUGGGCUUGUAUGUCUUGGAUUUCAGAUAAUAUGUGUUUUGAGUUCAAGAAUGUUUGAAAGGAUCAAGUGUCCUUUUGUAUUUGCUAAAUUCUCUUCUCUGGAUAAAGUCACAUUUAACUGAGAAAGCAGAAAAGAAAGAAAGCAAAGGUCUCACUACACAGAUUAUAUACAUUAGUUUCUCCAAAAAAACCCGAAAACCCCAGAAGAGAGUUUCAUGGGUAACUUCUCUUUACUCCCAGUAUUGUGUAGUAAGUGUUAAAGGACAUUGAAAUAUGUUGAUGUGUCUCAUCUUAAAUUGUUCAUGAGAAGCAGCAUAGUGUAGUGACUAGAGCUAGCCUCCAAUCCAGGAAUGCCUGGAUUCAAAUCUUAGCUCCACAUAUUAGUUACAUGAUGCUAGGCAAGUGAUUUAACUUCUUAGUACUCUUGUAGAGAAGAUGCUGACCUGAAUUGGUCAAAGAUAUUUCCUCACCUGGAAGCUCCCUAUACUGAUGAAGUCAUAGCUAUAGACCAUAUUAUUGUUCAUGUAUUUUCAAAACUUAGUAGCUAGAAAAUUAGGCAGGUCCUUUGAAACGACAACUUUUGACAGAAAGAAAGGCUUGAAAUAGAAUUUUAGAGUCUGAACAAACCUUUGAAGUCACUCCCACUUCAUUUUACAGAUGAGGAAUUUGAGGCCCGAAGAGGUUAAAUGAUUUGCUGGAAUAAGUAGCAGAACCUAAGUCAAGAACCCAGAGCUUUUGGCCUCUGCCAUUUAUUGCUCUUAUGACAAGGGACGAGUCACUUAACCUCUCUGGAGUCCAUUUAUAUUAAAAAUAUCCAGUCACCUUGCAGAAGAAUAUAAGCCAAAGCUCAGAUAUUGACUGUGACUUCCAAGUUUUCCAAUGAGAAAAAAAGGGGUUCUUGGUAUGUGAACUGUGAACAAAAAAGGGGAGCAAAUACACGCACUUUUGUCAAAAAAUAUAUAUAUGGAGUUUUACUAAUACAGCUUUAGAUUUCAGUAGAUUUGACUUUUUUCUCCCUUCUCAACUUGGUAGCUAAAGCAUUUCACCAUCACGUGAUGAUGAUAGUGCUGAGUGUUGACGUGCCCGGUUAUAUAUAGCACAGGGAAAGACAGGUUCCUUGUCUGUUGAGCAAAUAUUAACCCCAUGUUUACUUAAAAGAACAAUGCUCUUUCAUAUAUGAAGGACAAUUCCCCUUGAGCAAAUUUUUUUUAUAAUGGAACAUUAAGAAAACUAUUGCUACAUUACAUUCAAAUUUUGGGAUAUUGCACAUUACUGUAAAUUCUGUUUUCUGGUACUUUACCAAGAGGAUAACUUUGUUAGCCUUUAUGAAGUCUGUCAUUCCUCCCCCAAUGUUAACUAACAUGCUCUUAUCAGAGCAUAAUUACCUGAGGUUUAGGAAAGAAUUAUUAAAGAUGUAUGUUUGGUGGUCUGGAGGUUUUAGGUAGAGAGGAAAUAGUUCUCUGCCUCACAGGACUUUUGCUAUAGCAUAGUUUCCCUGAUAGGAUAAAAGGCAAGCAAUAGUAUGCUGGAAUAGCUGGAGAAACAUACCUUAACAUCCAGCUUAUCAGAAUGUUUGAUUAGGCACCCCUUGAUCUCUGAACAUGUCAGGUGACAAACAUUUUAUUAUGAGGUUAUUUCACAAAUAGCUUUUAAUUUCCUUGGCUAUUGAUUUUUUUCACCAAUAGAUAAUGGAGGGACCUCAGGAUAAAACUGAAAAUAGACUAUAAUUAAUCUUUGCAAAAUACCAUUGCUUUAAGUUUUAAUGCCAAGUUCCUUAAGUAUAACACACUCGUCAGUAUCAUCUUUGGCCCUUUUGAAGGUACUGGCAUUUGAAGUGAGGAAAUGCCUUCUAAGUGAUUCUGUAAUUCACCAAUUAUCAUUCUGUAAAUAUUAGUACUAGCUGUAUGACUUGCUUCCAUAGUUUGCCAAGUUUUUUUUUGUAACUUUUAUCAUGUAAAUGUUAACUCAUUAUUUUACAUUGAAGUGAUAUUGCCCAUGUAAAUCAAGUGACCACUUCAAAACGGAUGAAUUAGCUGUUGACAGCUAAGGUAUGAUGUACAGAAUUGCUGGAACUUGGUUAUAUAUUUGAGCUGAAAUGAUGUAUUGUAAAAUUUAUUUCCUCUUGAUGUGGUUUUAUGUAAAUGAUUUCAUAUCUUGUAAAUGAUGUGUGCCUACCAUUUCUUUCAUUUUGCUCCUGUAUGGUAAAAUAAAAUAAUUUGUAAAGCUGGUUUCCAGCAAUUUUAAUAA